AUGGCUCCAGUGCAGAUCGGAUCAGAUGGGCAACUGGUCCCUCUCGGGGGUCCCACCUCUGGUCCACAGCCACCUCCACCUGGGGCACCAGCCACGCAGGGAGUCCGCUUAAGUCUACUCAUUGAGUUCCUUCUUCAGAGGACCUAUCACGAAAUCACCCUGCUGGCUGAACUGCUGCCUCGAAAAACAGACAUGGAACGGAAAAUUGAGAUCGUCCAGUUUGCCAGCCGCACCAGACAGCUCUUUGUUCGUCUCUUGGCCCUGGUCAAGUGGGCAAGCAACGCCGGCAAGGUGGAAAAGUGUGCGAUGAUUUCCGGGUUCCUGGACCAGCAGGCCUUUCUCUUCGUGGACACCGCUGAUAGGCUCGCGUCAUUGGCCAGGGAUGCCCUGGUCCAUGCCCGUUUGCCCAGCUUUGCCAUCCCUUUCGCCAUCGACGUGCUCACCACAGGGUCCUACCCACGCCUGCCCACGUGCAUACGAGAUAAGAUAAUUCCUCCAGACCCCAUUACUAAGGUGGAGAAGCACACCACUCUAAACCAGCUCAAUCAGAUUCUCCGGCACCGCCUCGUCACGACAGACUUGCCCCCACAGCUCGCCAACCUCACAGUUGCUAAUGGGCGUGUGAAGUUCCGCGUGGAGGGAGAGUUUGAAGCCACCCUGACCGUGAUGGGAGACGACCCAGAAAUCCCCUGGAGGCUCCUAAAGCUGGAGAUCCUGGUGGAGGACAAGGAGACGGGAGAUGGCAGAGCUCUGGUCCACAGUAUGCAGGUCAACUUCAUUCACGAGUUGGUCCAGGCUCGUCUCUUCGCAGAUGAGAAGCCCCUCCAGGACAUGUACAACUGUUUGCACUCCUUCUGUCUGUCCCUGCAGUUAGAGGUCCUUCACUCUCAGACCCUCAUGUUGGUCAGAGAGCGCUGGGGCGACCUGGUCCAGGUGGAGAGGUACCAUGCGGCCAAAUACCUCACCCUCGCAGUCUGGAACCAACAAGUGUUGGGUAGAAAGACGGGCACGGCGUCCGUGCACAAAGUCACCAUCCGAAUUGACGAAUCGGAUGGCUCCAAGCCACUCCAGAUAUCCCAUGAGCCGCCACUCCCUGCGUGCGACUCUAAACUAAUGGAGAGAGCCAUGAAGAUUGACCACCUGUCAGUAGAGAAGCUCUUGAUUGACAGCGUACAUGCCCGCUCCCAUCAGAAGCUGCAGGAACUGAAAGCCAUUCUUAAAACCAGCAAUCCCAAUGAUAAUGCCUUCAUCGAGACUGCUCUUCCCACACUGGUCAUUCCAAUACUGGAACCCUGUGGUCGCUCUGAGUGCCUGCACAUCUUCGUAGACCUGCAUUCUGGGAUGUUCCAGCCAAUGCUGUAUGGCCUAGAUCAGUCCAUGCUGGAUGACAUUGAGAAGACCAUCAAUGAUGAUAUGAAGCGUAUUGUCUCCUGGCUUCAACAACUUAAGUUCUGGCUGGGGGAGCAGAGGUGUCGACAGUCGGUGAAACACCUGCCCACUGUGUGCACGGACAUCCUGCACCUCUCCAACUGUACCGUGCAUCCCGCGGGGAGCCUUUCCAAGCACAAGCUCUUCAUCAAGCUCACCAGGCUACCGCAGUACUACAUUGUCGUGGAGAUGGUGGACACUUCCGCCUGCACGACGGAGCUCCAGUACAAGUACUCCUUCCUGUCGGUGUCCCAGUUGGAGGGCGAGGAGGGACCGCCGUGCGCCCAGCUCCUGCAGCACUUCAAGCCCAACCUGGAGCAGCUGUUGCAGGACCCUGCCUCUGGGAAGAAGGCCGUCCUGGGCUCCAAGAGGAAGCUGUCUGGAGACCAUGGUGCCCUGGAGCCCAAGAAGCCCAGGCGCUCUGGAGAGAUGUGCGCCUUCAACAAGGAGCUGGCUCACCUGGUCGCCAUGUGCGACACCAACAUGCCCUUCAUUGGUCUGAGGGCAGAGCUGUCUAACAUGGAGAUCGCUAACCAGGGCGUCCAAGUAGAGGGGGACGGCUGCAGUCACGCCAUACGCCUCCUCAAAAUCCCGCCGUGCAAGGGUGUUGGAGAGGAGACCAGGAGGGCUCUGGAGCGCACCCUGCUGGACUGCACCUUCCGCCUGCAGGGGAGGAACAACCGCACCUGGGUGGCCGAGCUGGUGUUGGCCAACUGCCCCCUCAACAGCACUCACAGCAAGGAGCAAGCCUCCACGCGGCACGUGUACCUGACCUACGAGAACCCGCUGUCGGAGCCCGUGGGCGGGCGUAAGGUGGUGGAGAUGUUCCUCAACGACUGGAGCGCCAUCAGCCAACUCUACCAGUGUGUCCUCGACUUCUCCCGCGCGCUACCAGAGAUGCCGUCGUACCUAAGCCUGUUCUCGGAGAUCCGGCUGUACAACUACCGCAAGCUGGUCCUGUGUUACGGCACCACCAAGGGCAGCUCGGUCACCAUCCAGUGGAACGCCAGCGGCCACCGCUUCCACCUGGCCCUGGGCACGGUGGGGCCCAACUCGGGCUGCUCCAACUGCCACAACAUCAUCCUCCACCAGCUGCAGGAGAUGUUCAACAAGUGCCCCAACGUGGUGCAGCUGCUGCAGGUGCUGUCGGACACGCAGGCCCCGCUGAACGCCAUCAACAAGCUGCCCACGGUGCCCAUGCUGGGGCUGACCCAGCGCACCAACACGGCCUACCAGUGCUUCUCCAUCCUGCCCCAGUCACCCACCCACAUCCGCCUGGCCUUCCGCAACAUGUACUGCAUCGACAUCUACUGCCGCAGCCGCGGCGUGGUGGCCAUCCGCGACGGCGCCUACAGCCUCUUCGACAACACCAAGAUCGUGGAGGGCUUCCACCCCGCCCCGGGGCUCAAGACGUUCCUCAACAUGUUCGUGGACAGCACCCAGGACGCGCGGCGGCGCUCGGUCAACGAGGACGACAACCCGCCCUCGCCGGUGAGCGGGGACCUGAUGGACAACAUGAUGAACCAGCUGCAGGCGUCGGCGCCCAUGAGGGGCGCGGCCGGGGGCGUGUACCCCCCCCUCACCUCGCCGCCCAACUACCACGCCAACGUCACGCCGUCGCCCUCCAUGAUGCCCACGCAGUCCCCAGGGCCAAUCCAUACCUCGGGCUCCCCUAGUGGAGCACUGAGGGCCCCCUCUCCCUUUGGGCCCACCCCGUCUCCCUCCUCUUUGGGGAUAGCGAUGGGCCAGACCAGCUUUGCCAGCCCCCACGGAGCUCUGGAUCCCAGUUCUCCAUACCCGAUGGUGUCUCCCAGCCAGAGGAGCCAGUGGCCCAACUCCCCCCAGGUGUCGGGGCCCUCUCCCGGGGCACGCAUCCACGGCAUGUCCCCCGGGAACCCCUCUCUGCACUCGCCCAUCCCCGACCCGCACUCCCCGCGGGCCGCGACAGGAUCCCAGGUCAUGCCCAGCAGCAUGCCCCCGCCCCGCAAGCUGCCCCAGCGGCCGUGGGCAGCCUCCAUCCCCACGGUGCUCACGCACAGCGCCCUCCACGUGCUGCUGCUGCCCUCGCCCACGCCCUGCCUGGUGCCCGGCCUGGCCUGCAGCUACCUCUGCUCGCCGCUGGAGAGGUUCCUGGGCUCGGUCAUCAUGCGGCGCCACCUGCAGAGGAUCAUCCAGGGCGAGCCCAACCUGUCCAUCGUGAACUCCAACGAGCCCGGCGUCAUCAUGUUCAAGACGGAGGUGCUGAAGUGCCGCGUGGCGCUCAACCCCAAGAACUACCAGACCCUCCAGCUGAAGGUCACGCCCGAGAACGCCGGGCCCUGGUCCCAGGAGGAGCUGCAGGUCCUCGAGAGGUUCUUCGAGACCCGGGUGGCUGGACCUCCCUUCAAGUACAACACGCUGAACGCCUUCACCAAGUUACUGGGUGCCCCCACCAACAUCUUAAGAGACUGCGUGCGCAUCAUGAAGCUGGAGCUGUUCCCUGACCAGGCUGCCCAGCUGAACUGGAACGUCCAGUUCUGUCUGACGAUCCCGCCCAGCGCACCCCCCAUCGCCCCCCCGGGAACCAUCGCCGUGGUGCUCAAGUCCAAGAUGCUCUUCUUUCUCCAGCUGACCCAGCGGGUGCCAGUGCCCCAAGACCCCCUGAGCAUCAUCGUGCCCAUCGUGUACGACAUGGCCACGGGUCUCACCCAGCAGGCCGACAUCCCCCGGCAGCACAGCUCGUCCGGCGCCGCCGCGCUCACCGUGUCCAACAUCCUGCGGCGGUUCAACGAGCUGCAUCCGGCGCGACAGGGCGAGUGCACGAUAUUCGCCUCUGUCCACGAGCUGAUGGCCAACCUCGCUCUGCCCCCUGGUGGCCGUUAGUGGUAACAGCCUCCUCUGCAGUGAUCAACAACUCCCAGGGCCCCAACUGGAUGGAACGAGUUCUAACACUGACAACGGAUCGCCCUGCCUGUCACCAAACUGUACCAAGGAGAGGAUUAUCCCUUCGCCUCAAGAUGUCAAAAUGCAACAUAUCUACUCUCUCUGCUCCUGCCAAUGCUAAUGUACAGCUUCUAAUACUAAAAACAGAGUUACUUAUGGAGAAUGCUGUUGGUUUCCUGAAAAACUGGCGACUGUCAUGGUGAUGUGCCUUGAAGGAGCGGGCAUUUUAUGGAAAAGAAUUUAAAAAGAUAUCUGUUUGCUUUUUUAUUUCAGGUGCACUUCUAAAUAUUAUUGAAAAUAUGGUUGUAUACCAAAAGAUGUACAUUGUUGUAUAUUUGACUUUGCUGCACAGUUGAGUUGGAUUUUUGCUACAGAUUGUCUUCAUUUUUUACAUAAUGCCAGGUCAAUACUGGAGAUAUAUCUUUUCUUAGCACACUAUUUAAAUGUCUUUUCCUCCCUUUACUAUGUCAAGACGUCUGUCUUUUUUCAUUUUGAGCUGUCACUUUAAAUAAUGUAAAACUGUGACAAACUUUCUACACUAGCUGUAAUUUAAGACCGCUCUAGAGAACUUGAAGGAAGAAUCUAUGUGAGACCUCUUGUCUGCUUUUGUUUACUAUUUAAUAAAUGAAUCGUAGGA